AUGGACGCGUUCUUCCAGAAGCUCGCCAGCAGCCUACUCUUCUCAUUUGAACCGACGAAGCAGCCCAAGCCCGUGCUGCUCGCAUCCGGGAGCCCUCCUCUGCACCAGAAAAACGUCCAGCCUCAAGAACCUCAAGAGCCUCGUGACCUCCCGCGUCGUCGCAUCGCCCACUGGGACAAGAAGCGCGAGAAGUGUGCCAACUGCAGCCACAUCUACCUCAAGACGCUGAGCCAGCAUCCGGGCUUCUGCUCCGUGGACUGCAAGUCCAACAUGGUCUACCUCAAGAAAGUGAAUCGCACGAUCCUCGCGAUGAAGGACGCUCUGCACGAGCAGCGUCUUCAGCAGCAAGACGAGGAGAGGACGUCGCUACCGCAGCAGCAGCACUCCUUGGAGCAGCGAAAACGUGAGGCGCUGCUGGACGACGAGCGGACCGUCCAGUGCCAAACGUACGCCGAGUUCGGGCUCGACUCUCGUAUUCUCGAUGCCAGCCACGUCGAGUGGGCGUUUAGCGCCAUGUAUUAA